CGCCCGAUGGUCUUGACAGUUAAAACCGAGCACCAUCUGUGGAAGUGGGCCACGGGGGCGGGGACACACGGCUACAGCAGAGACGACGGCGCCUCAUCCGGCGGGAGAGCUCGGACUCAGGGCUCGCGUGAUGCUCACACCCGCCCUCCUCCUCCACUCGUGACGUGAAACAAUGGUGGACAAUCGCUACGCCACUGCGUUGGUGAUCGCCUGCGUACUCAGCCUCAUGGCCACCGUGUAUCUGUGCGUGGGCAUGGGCACGCAGCACUGGUACCAGUACAGCAGCCCCCCAGUACGCGGCGAGGCCAACGUGUCCGAGCUGCGCGGCCUCUACGACGAGUUCAUGGACGGAGAAUUUGAUGAGAAGACCGACAGCGACACUUUGUUCCGACUCAACGGCAGCGUGGGCCUGUGGUGGCGCUGCGUGCUCGUGCCCGCCGCCGCGCACUGGUACAAGGAACCGGGCGCCAAGAUGGUGUUGCGGUGCCGAAGCUUCACCGUGCAGCAGCAGCUCAUGCCCAAAUACAAGGAACCCGGAAACCACAACAGUGGAGAGGACAUGCUGCGCACAUACUUGUGGCGAUUCCAGGUCCUCCUGCCACUUGUUUCUUUGGGCCUGGAGGUCUUGGCGGGUCUGAUCGGUUUCUGCGCCUGCCUCUGCCGAAGCCUCACACCCACGCUUGCCAUUGGUGUACUUCACCUGUUAACAGGUCUGUGCUCACUGGCCACGGUGUGUUGCUACCUUGCGGGGACAGACCUGCUCCACAGGGUCUCGGUGCUUCCCGACAAGGUGGACGCCUCCCUGGGCUGGUCGCUCUACUUGGCGCUCAUGUCCUCGCCCCUCCACAUGAUGGCAGCCGCCCUGCUCGUGUGGGCCGCGCGCAGUCACGGCCGCAAUUACUACCGCAUGGCCGCCUACCGCGUGGCCUAACCGGCGGGACGACGCCCUUGUCCCCGACGGUCCAAACGGAGGGACUCGUUCGUUUGGAACAGCACUUGGUGUAACGGCUGAAAUACCGGCGGGCCGCUAUGUUGAAAUGCUGUUUGAAGACAA